UAUAGGCAAUGUGCAGAAAGAGAGAGGGAGACGGCGAGGACUGAGGAGAACAGGACAUAGAUGAGAGGAAGUCUGGAUUUCUCAGCAUAGGAUUUCCUCUUCAUCACAGUGCAGGAGCUGAGGUGGAAUCCUGUUGUGUAUCCUGUCCAAGUAAUUCUGAACUGUGUGACUGGAACAACAAAAGACAGGGGUUUUAUAGUUUGCUCCAGUUAUGCAGAAGGUAGGGACAGCCCCAUCCUCCCGUGGUCCUAGUGCACCUGGCUCGCCGGCCACCUCUAUUGUGGCAAGAAUGGACAAUCAGGUUAUUGGAUAUAAGGACUUGGCAGCCAUCCCCAAAGACAAAGCCAUACUUGAGGUGGAACGGCCAGAUCUGAUGGUGUACGAGCCACAUUUCAAUAUCUCGGCCCUGGAUCGGAUAGGUCUCUCCAAAAGUAGAGAGAGAUCAAUGUCACCUCAUUCCAUCUCGCCCCCUCCUUCUCCUGAGAUUUUUGCCUCAAAAGAGGCAAAGGAGUGGUCCGAGCAGGGGUCUCCCGGAGGAUCCAACAUGGGCUCCACAGUGCAGCUUCGCAAGGUCAGCCUCGCAUCCAAGGGCCCCUUGCAGCACUUUCAUAGACCAGACAGUGGCACAAACAUGUAUAUGAAGCCUCCAAUUUACAAACACGACAGAGAAACUGGAACAUCCAAUUAUAAACAGGAUAAUAUCAUUGAGUCCUCCAAGUUCCCAGCAGCCCAGCCACCUGAUCCCAACCAGCCUUCAAAGAUAGAGACAGAGUACUGGCCCUGUCCACCCUCUCUUGCUACUAUGGAGAUAGAGUGGAGGAGGAAGGCAGUUGAGGAGGGGAAACCAAUCGAGGACGAUGAGUUUGAGGACCUUACUGAAGAUGCAAAGAGACUGCAAGAUCAGGAACUUCAGAAGAUACAGUCUAACUUGGGCAAAUUGAUCCUGAAGGAGGAAAUAGAGAAAUCAGUGCUCAUCCGUAGAAAAACACGUUCCCUGCCAGAUGGGACAAACAUAAACUUGGGAUCAUCAGCCAGUGCACACAAAUCCGCCUCUUUACCUCCUUGCAGUCGAACAGGCCUCACUAGGCUGCAAUCAGCAGACUUUACCUCCACAGACAACAGAAAAGCAAAAACAGGUAAUGUUUUAAAUGGCGAUUCACAGAAUGCGAGAAUGGACAGAGGAAACUCUCUUCCUAGUAUUCUGGAACAGAAGAUAUAUCCAUAUGAAAUGCUGGUUGUGACCCACAGAGGGCGCAGUAAACUUCCACCAGGUGUUGACAGGACCAGAUUAGAGAGACAUUUGUCUCAAGAAGAGUUCCAGAGCUUAUUUGGAAUGUCUAUCGCAGAAUUUGAUCGUCUGUCACUAUGGAAACGGAAUGACCUGAAGAAAAAAGUGUCCCUUUUCUGACAUUUGGACUUGGACACUCAAACUCUCUCCCUCCUGAGAGACCAAUAAAAUCCACUCUAAUAUAAAACGGAUGCUAUGCAGAUAUUUCAAGAUAAGCAAACAAGAUGACUCCACAUAACCAGAUGUUAUUUCAAUCACAUAUACAGCAGUCUGUGUCCGUCUACGGUGUACAUAUUAAAGACAAGACAAGCUCCAUAUCUGUUAAGCAGAUUAUAAGUGAUGGAAUACUAAUUUCACAAACUUCUCCAGCCCCCUUGUUUACGCCUUAUGUCCCUUUCAAUUCUCAAAGUGCCCAGAGAAAUUUAUAAUAUAGGCCUAUAUAUUUACACAAAGUUUUAUUCGUAGACCAUCAAUUUUUUUAUUGUACUCACUGAUAUUAAACUUACAACGUGAUCUGACUUAAUUUAUUGUAUUCCAAACAUGUUUGGCGCUGUACAUACUUCAUGUUUUAUUUAUUGUUAGUGUUGAUAUGUAAAAGUGCAGUUUCAACAAUCACUAGAUCAACAUUUCUGACACCUAUCAAAAAAUUGGUCUUUCUUGAUCAUUCAUUAAAAAAAAAUGCAUGAAGCCUGAGUCUAUAUAAUUUAUUCAGUUUGACCAUUAAAAGACACUACGAUCUAUGACUCCUUUUCGUGCAAAUAAAGCUACUACAGUGUUUAUUGUGGAAAUAGCUAAGCUCAAGCUUUUGGUCUUCACAUUUACUUGGGUUUGGAAGCUUGGUUUGGUCAGUUGUCUAUCCAUUGCUACUUUAACGAUAGAAUUUACAUCCACUGUCAGGUUUGUUACUGCCUUCAGUAGUUGCAUUGCAGUGUCCUGUAAUACUGCUUAAGUGUUAUCAAAUCACGCACUGCACGCUUACAAUGGAGAAUGUCUAACAAUUACGUGUCUGUUCAUAGUCAUUUGUCUUGUCACCAAUUUUCUGUAGCAGCAUUGUGCAAUGUUCACACAAUAAAAGCUUCAU